CAGUGUGAUUUUGUAACAGAUUCUUGUAAAGCCAUCUGUCAGCCACUGACCACUACCUUGCAGCCAUGGUUAACUGGAAAGCCAACGAGAGACAAGCUGUCACUUCUGUCUGGGCAAGCAUUGACGCUGCAGGUCAUGGCCAAGAGACUUUGGAAAGGCUCCUGCAUGUCUAUCCCUGGUCUCGCAGAUACUUUGGUAAAUUUGGUGACCUAUCUACUUUUAGUGCCAUUAGACAAAACCCCCAUGUGAGAACUCAUGGCGCGAAAGUGUUGGGUGCUGUUGUUGAAUGCCUAAACCACAUGGAUGACAUCAAGGGUCAUCUUGCCCAACUCAGCAUUCUGCACUCUGAUACACUCCAUGUGGAUCCAGCAAACUUCACACUUCUGGGAAACUGUUUUUUAAUUGUCCUGGCCAAAUCUGUCGGUGCCGGGUUCACUCCUGAUGUACAUGCUGCCUGCCAUAAACUAAUGGUUGAGAUUGCUGAUGGCCUGUCCAGACAGUACCACUAAACCAUCCGAGUAUGGCACAGAGGGUCAUCAGACACUAUCAAAAUUACAGCUAGGAUUCAAUUCCAGUGGAUUUUUAAUGAAGAAAACAACACCCAGUGCACUCAUAACAGGACAAUCCAGCUGCCAACAAAUUGUAUGCUGUUGUAUGCAUUUUCUUUUUUAAACCAAACAACUUUUAUUUCCUCUCAUACUGGAAUUAACAAUCCUCAGGCAUGGUGUGCUCUUAAUGAAUGUUGUUGGCUGCUGUUACAUGCCUGUUGUCAUUUAUUCCAUAAUUUGUUUCAGUGUUAAAGAAAUGUCUGAUAACUUGUAUUGAAUUCAGUUAAAAUAAAACCUCUUUAAACAUA